AUGUCACAUAUACGGCACUCCGAGCCAGAGAAUGAAGAUGAUUCCUCAAGUCUAUCAUCAAGCUCAUCGUCCAACCUGUCUUUACCUGUGAAGGUAGAUGCUACGGAAGACAUAGAGGGUCAAAAGUUGGAGCCUCGUAUACCACUAUCCACAUCAAUCAUCUUGAACAAACUACCCGUGGAAAGACAAGAGCAACUAGAGAGAACGCUUGAAGAGCGUGAACGAAAACCGCCUCUCAAAGCCGACAUUGCUGCUAAACCGGUCGCGGAUGAGCCUUUGAGAAUCAGCAUACGAUUUCAGCCGAUUGGGUCAACCACCGCCAUCAAUCCUAAGGUUUUCAAAAUAUCAUCAACGCAAACAGUGGCCACAUUGAGCAAAUUUCUUUGUAAACGGCUCAAGCAGACCCACUUAUGCCUAUACAUUCAGAACUCAUUUCUGCCGGCUCCCGAAGAAAAUAUAGGCGAUUUAUACAGCUCGUUCAAGACAAAAGAUGAAUUAAUUGUGAGUUACUGCAACUCAGUUGCCUUUGGAUAG